AUGGUAACCUGCGUACCUGCCUCCGAGCAGAUCGGCUGUGCGGAAAGAGAUUCACAAAUUUAUAGUGAAGAUACUGGAGGCACUGAGGCUGUGCGGGUUACAGACUGCCGGAGCCCGGAGGACAGUGGACCCCAGAAUGAGCCAGGCUACUGCAAUUCAGAGGACUCUGGGCAGCUGAUGGCCUCCUACGAGGGUAAAGCUAGGGGCUACCAGGUGCCUCCUUUUGGCUGGCGGAUUUGCUUGGCUCACGAGUUUGCAGAGAAGAGGAAACCUUUUCAGGCUAACAACGUCUCUCUCAGUAAUUUGGUAAAGCAUUUCGGUAUGGGCUUGAGGUACUUGAAGUGGUGGUACCGGAAGACGCAGGUGGAAAAGAAGACCCCUUUCAUCGACAUGUUCAAUUCUGUACCCCUGAGACAGAUCUACGGUUGCCCCUUGGGUGGCAUUGGAGGAGGCACCAUCACCCGGGGCUGGAGAGGCCAGUUCUGUCGUUGGCAGCUUAAUCCUGGAAUGUACCAGCACCAGACAGUCAUUGCAGACCAAUUUAUAGUAUGCUUGCGUCGAGAUGGGCGGACUGUGUAUCAGCAAGUCCUGUCCUUGGAGCUUCCGAGUGUCCUGCGCAGCUGGAACUGGGGCCUGUGUGGUUAUUUUGCUUUCUACCACGCCCUCUAUCCCCGAGCCUGGACAGUCUAUCAGCUUCCUGGCCAGAAUGUCACCCUCACCUGUCGCCAGAUCACACCUAUCUUGCCUCAUGAUUACCAGGACAGCAGCCUCCCCGUAGGAGUGUUUGUGUGGGAUGUAGAGAAUGAAGGAGAUGAGACUCUGGAUGUGUCCAUCAUGUUCUCCAUGCGGAAUGGACUAGGAGGUGAAGAUGAUGCUGCCGGAGGUUUGUGGAACGAGCCCUUCCGUCUGGAACAGGAUGGGACGACUGUACAGGGGCUACUCCUGCAUCAUCCAACCCCUCCGAACCCCUACACCAUGGCUGUGGCUGCGCGACACACGGCAGAUACCACAGUAACCUACACCACAGCCUUUGACCCCGACAGCACUGGGCAGCAGGUGUGGCAGGACCUACUUCAAGAUGGACAGCUGGACUCCCCUGCUGGCCAGAGCACCCCGACACAGAGAGGAGAGGGUGUCGCUGGGGCUGUAUGUGCCUCCAGCAAGCUGCUGCCACGAGGCCGGUGCUGCUUGGAGUUCUCACUGGCUUGGGAUAUGCCUAGGAUCAUGUUUGGAGCCAAAGGCCAAGUCCACUACAGGCGGUAUACACGGUUCUUUGGUUCAGAUGGUGAUGUGGCGCCUGCCCUGAGCCACUAUGCCCUGUGCCAGUAUGCAGGUUGGGAGAACAGCAUCUCAGCGUGGCAGAACCCAGUACUGGACGACAGAUCCUUGCCUGCCUGGUACAAAUCUGCACUGUUCAAUGAACUAUACUUCCUGGCUGAUGGAGGCACGGUGUGGCUGGAAGUUCCUGAAGACUCCCUACCAGAGGAGCUGGGAGGGAGUAUGUACCAGCUGCGCCCUAUUCUGCAGGACUAUGGGCGAUUUGGCUAUCUCGAAGGCCAGGAGUACCGCAUGUACAACACAUACGAUGUCCACUUCUACGCUUCUUUUGCUCUCGUCAUGCUGUGGCCCAAACUUGAGCUCAGUCUUCAGUAUGAUAUGGCUCUGGCAACUUUCAAGGAGGACCUGACACGGCGACGGUACCUGAUGAGUGGAGUAGUGGCGCCUGUGAAAAGGAGGAACGUUAUCCCUCAUGAUAUUGGGGAUCCAGAUGAUGAGCCAUGGCUCCGGGUCAACGCAUAUUUGAUCCAUGAUACUGCUGACUGGAAGGACCUGAACCUGAAGUUUGUGUUGCAAGUUUAUCGGGACUAUUACCUGACAGGCGAUCAAGGCUUCCUGAAGGACAUGUGGCCUGUGUGUCUGGCUGUGAUGGAGUCCGAAAUGAAGUUUGAUAAGGACCAAGAUGGACUCAUUGAGAAUGGAGGCUAUGCAGACCAGACCUACGAUGGAUGGGUCACCACAGGCCCCAGUGCUUACUGCGGAGGGCUGUGGCUGGCAGCUGUGGCUGUGAUGGUCCAGAUGGCCGUUCUGUGUGGGGCCCAGGAUGUCCAGGAUAAGUUUUCUUCCAUUCUCUGCCGAGGCCGGGAAGCUUAUGAGAGAUUGCUCUGGAACGGACGCUAUUACAACUACGACAGCAGCUCCCAGCCACAGUCCCGCAGCGUCAUGUCUGACCAGUGUGCUGGGCAGUGGUUCCUGAGGGCCUGCGGCCUGGGAGAAGGAGACACUGAAGUAUUCCCUACCCUGCAUGUUGUCCGUGCUCUCAAAACCAUCUUUGAGCUCAAUGUCCAAGCCUUCGCAGGAGGAGCCAUGGGGGCUGUGAAUGGGAUGCAGCCUCAUGGUGUCCCUGAUAGGUCCAGUGUGCAGUCUGAUGAAGUUUGGGUGGGCGUGGUCUAUGGGCUGGCAGCCACCAUGAUCCAAGAGGGCCUGACUUGGGAAGGUUUCCGGACAGCUGAAGGCUGUUACCGCACUGUAUGGGAACGCCUGGGCCUGGCUUUCCAGACCCCAGAGGCAUACUGCCAGCAGCGAGUGUUCCGCUCCCUGGCCUACAUGCGGCCCCUGAGCAUCUGGGCCAUGCAGCUGGCCCUUCAACAGCAGCAGCAUAAAAAGAACAGCAGCCGGCCAGCAGUCACACAAGGCACAGCACCCAGCACAGCCUGAAUGCGGACCAAAGAGAUCACUGUAAACCUACGUCCAGAGCGAUCCCACUGAGCUGUGGAGGCCCAGCCUCCGCACGGGGCUUCCCUGCCUCUUCCCACAAGUCCUGCAGCCCUGAGCCAAUAGGACAAUCAUGCCCCUCCUCUUCCUACCCCGCUGUGCCAGUAAGAAGGGGCUGAGGAACCACUUAUUUAUUUCUUAUCCUUCCCAUUCCUUCUGUGGAUGAAGUAUUCAAGGCCAGUAAAUUUCUCCAAAUCUAUUCAUGGGACAACAGAUACACAUGGGUAUAAAUAAAAUGCUCAUACAACUA